AGGCGGCGAGGCCAGGAACGAGCCCCUCGACGCCCGGCUGCGCGACCCCGCCGUGAAGUUCAUGUGGAGCCUCUGCCAGGAGGCUGUCAGACUUCUUCCUCCAGCUGGAUUCCAAGCCGCGACGCUAUUCGACAUCGCCUGUCUACGUCACCCGGGGGGAAUACUCCCGCGGCACGUGCCUCUCGUCUGCACGGUGAUCGUGAAGCUGUUGAAGAAGGCGGACUCGUCGACCACCUUCGUGCCCAACGCCUCCCUGGUCGCGCACGCGCAGCGCAUGGUCGAGUACCUCAGGAGCCUCGGUUACAGCAUCCCCGACGCCACCGAGGACGAGCUGAGGACCCUGGAGGCCGAGCUCCUGGUGACAUUCAGGUGGAGUGUCGAGCACUUCACGAUCGAGAGCUGG